AUGGCCGACGUCAGAUCACUACUUCGCAAUGAAUUAGCUUCGCGCAAGGGUACAUCCCAACCAAACACAACAGGGAAUCGAGUGACAAAAAAGCGCAAGGUUGACAGCUCAGAUGGCGUGGUUCGGAAGAAGCUACGCGCAACUGAAUUGGAUGCCUUCCAAUCUGUAUCUGACGCACCGAGCACCGACCACACCACGGCGGAUGAAGGUUCAGAGCAACUUGAGGAGGAUGCCGCUGGCCCAGCACCUGCUGCUGAGCCAAAUCAGCAGAGCUCUGAUUUUGUCGCAAACCUUGCCGAGCAACAGACAACCAUAGUUUCGCCACAGCCCCAGUCUACAUCGGUGGAUGAGGAUGAAUGGGCCGCAUUCGAACGCGAGGUUGCCGAGCCCUCACGUGUACCCAAUGCACCGGCUGCCGUCGCAGCGGAAGCCACAAUCUCAGCUGCACCGAUCACAGCCGAGGAAAUCGCCGAGCAGCAGAAGAAGGCGAAGCAGUCAGCGGCCCAUACCCGUGAAGCGGAGCUAGAAGGGGAACGGGAGGAUGCGGCACGGUUGAUGGAAGAUGAACUUGAUGAGAUGGAGCAGUUGGAGGAGCGAGUACGAAAACUCAAACAACAACGCGAGGCACUGCGGAAGACUCGCGCAGAGGAUCAGACAGCCACUGAGGCCACAUCAGACGCAGAGCAACAAGAUGCCGAGAGCGAGAGUGAAGAUGGUGACGAUGAGGAAUGGGAUGAUUGGAGAUUUAAGUGA